AUGCUUUCUCUUAUUAAUAAUCUUCAAGAAAAUUCAUUGUAUAAUUCAAUUUUACAAAUACAAAUGGCUAAUGUUGUUUCAUAUUUACAAGAUACAACGAAUCAAGCAUUGCUAUUAACGAAUUGUACAACUUGUGUGACUAAUUUAAAGGCAGCUAAAUCAGUAGACAAAACAGCUGAACGUACAAGACAACAAAUUGCUUCCGAUAUUCACAGACAAUUCCAACAAGUUGCACGUAAUGCAACUAGAAGCAAUGCACCCUAUGAAUUCGAUAGCGAUGAAGACAUCGAACAUCUCUUUUAA